AAGGCUGAGUUCCAGUAAGUCCACUUCCAAGCUUCUCCGAUGGCCACCACUUCAUGCCAUCUCCUGCACCUCCACUUCCCAAAGUUCCCAUCUUUCUCUCCCUUUCACCCCCCUUCCUCCCUCUCCGUCCCUCCCCGCCGCUCCCUCCGCCUCUCCGCCUCCUUUUCCGGCCCCAUUUCGCCGGAGCCCGACGCCGUCACUCACCCGGCCCUUUCCAAUGCCAACGUGCUCUUCUUCCGGUCUGGGUAUAACGUCCAGAUCGUCGUCGAUGAGAAUGAGUCGGAGGAGGCGCUUCUGAGGAGGUUCCGGAGAGAGGUUUCCAAGGCCGGGAUCAUUCAGGAGUGCAAGCGACGCAGGUUCUAUGAGAACCCUCAAGAGGAGAAGCGCAAGGCCCGCGAGGCCAGCCGCCGCAACCGCAGGAGAAGGUCAGGCCCAAGAUUCCAGUCUUCUUCACAAUCACAAUCAGAUGAAGCUGCAACAAAAAAGGAAGAUGAUUUAGAUGACAACUGGGAUCUUCCCGUGGGCGAUCUUCCUUACUAAAAAUUCACAAGCUUAUUCUACUUAGCCUACGUCGUCAUUUUACGGACAACUGGGGCAAGCGCAGAUGUACAGAGCACAGCAUUGUCAUCUGAACAAUCCCUCCUCUCCUCUCCAUUAAAAUGGAUGAGCUUUUUCUUCGACAUUUUUCCUUUUGAAGCCAGGCUUUUAUUAUGCAUGCACUUGACUAUUGGUUUUCUUCAAUGUAAAUUGAGUACAUUCCUAUUGAAGUUAAUGAAGUACAUUUCAUAUUA